AUGAAUUGGAAAUUUCUGAUGGUUUUGGGAUUGGGAAUUGUUGGAGUUUUGGGCGAUGAAGAAGAAUUGCAACCGUUUUUUCAGUUGGAUGGGGUUGAAGCGUGAGUUUUACAAAAGGAGAUAGCUUAGAGCACGGUAGGAGGCGAAGACUCCCGAAUAUUCGUUUUGACAAGAGUUGAAUUGCCCGUCAGUGAAAAAAGAUAUUCGAAUUCCUCCAGAUUCAGUCAAAUUACUGAAGAGUUUUUAAAUUGUACCAGAAAUCUUACUUUUGCUUCGGACAAAUGUUAUUCCUACUUUUAGGACAACUGAAUGUACCACAACUGGAUCUCCCACAACAAAAAGAUCAACCACAGUCACAACACCAAUUACAACAACACCGUCUACCACAACCACAACAACUUUGAAACCAAGCACAACCACAACAACUCUAAAACCAAAUACAACCACAAUUUCCACAACCACCAAAUCUUCAGAAAUCAAUUCAAAUAUCACUGUGAAACUACCAUUCUUCAAAAGAGUUGCCAAACAUGUGAGUUUUGACCUUUCUAAAGGUUUUCAAACAAUUUUGUAUUUUUCUAGGUCAAAAUAAUGUUGCAUCUCGAAGCUAAUUCGGAUGAUUAA